GUUCCUGUCAUGCGAUCAGACGGUGGCCGAGGUGAAUCGGCAGGAAUGCUUGUCUUAGAAGAUGCACAACAAUAUGAGCGAGGGCACUGCACGAGUGCCGCAGUCUUCCUCAAUCUUUGGUUGAUUGAUUGAGUUUGUAAGAGAUGCCAGCCUUGCCUCGGGCACCUCCAUUUCGUAGUGGGACUGCAGGCAAACCGGCUAGGCUAUCUCAAUGCCGAGCUGUGGCUGUGUGUGUAAUCCUAUUUGUAGGAGACCUGCAUAUCGAAGCUCCCGUCCCUCCCAAGGUUCACUCAUCUCACAGCGACUGCUCCGGAGAAAAAACAGCGUUUCAAAAUUGGUCCAUGAGAACCCUGAGUAGAAGCAAAGAGUCUCUUGCAGCGAAUGAUCCACGGGUCUCACUCUUAUCGUGCUGCCUUUCCGAUUCUGAUGGCUUCAUAUUCCUCCUAUCUGCAAUGCCCGACACAACGGGCAUUCAGCGUAUCUCGGCCAUACGCGAAGCCUGUAGUGCGUCCCUGAUCUUCCCCAGCGCCACAUCUUGACGAAAGGAAAUCGGCCAGCAGCCGUGUGGUGGCGAUUACCGGACAAAGUCACUCUCAAAAGGGUACUGUGCAGAGCAGAUGGCAGGAUAUGCCAAUUUCCACGAUAUGCAUGAUUUCG